GAGCCGGAUCAAUAGCAUGAAUCACACGUGAGGAAUGACAUGGUCUCCCAAAGACAGUCCACCAAAAUCGUGUCACUAGCAAAACCCGCAGAGAAUGUAGCAGGGAUUGACGGACGAUCACCAUGAAUUGAAAAAAAAAGUGUUAAUUUAUGCAAAACAAUGGCUGCCGAAUCAUCAAAAAAGAAAGAUUUAUUAGCGGAUGCUAAAAACUUCUGCGAUGGACUAUCCAAUGUAUUCAUGCUUAAAAAGAGAGACCCUCAAACAAGACAUUUGCUCGAGAAAGCCAGAGUAUUGAUCGAGAGUUUGAUAUCGGAAAAUCAGCGAGUGACGAGUAAUGUUGCGAGCACUCCCAGGGGGUCAAGGUCUUCCGGAGGCAUGGGCCAACUCUGGGUCAAACUAGAUGAACUGAAGCGUGAAAACGAGGAACUCCGGAAGAAGAUGGGCAAGCCCCUAGAUGAUCGACCAAGCAUUCCACCCAAACCGUCCCAGGGCCCAGGGGACGUGAUCAUUGCAGAUCUUCACAAAACAAAGAGAGAGAAUGAAACACUCAAAGCUAAAGUGGAGAAACUGGAAACGCAGAUCAAAGAGAUGGACUCUGUGGCCCACAGCGUUCAGGACGAGUAUAAGCGGGCCAAAAUUGCCGUGGAAACGACACAGAGGUCCAUGGAAACGGUCCUUAAAGACUACCGACAAAUGGAGGACGACUUAAAACUGGCAAAGAAGGAGAAUGAAAGCAUCAAACAAAAACUGGCCAAGUCGAUGAUGCCAAUAGGUCGAACAGAUAACCGACAUGUAGAAAACAUUAGUGAGAAAUGUCGCCCCUCCAACAUCGCGCAGCUUUAUAACACCCUGGAGAGUCAAGAGUGGGUGGACGCCAAGGAGACAUUGGAGGAAGUCACAGACUUUGAGGAAGAGGACAUAGUGCAGUUCCUAUGCGCAUGCGUCAUGGCAGCCUUCCAAAGUUGUAAGGAGGUGUACAAUGCUUUGAAGGCCACCAUCGCCGAACUCUUAAGGAAACCGACCUUAGUGAUAAACGAUACUUUGGUGGGAGAACGAAACGGGAAAAGCAAACUACCAGACGACAUGACGGAUAGUAUUGGUCAUCAACUCAGACAGCACUUCGACGACAUUGACCCUGACGUCAUUGUUGGGAUGAUGUGUGAAAAGCUGACAUUGGAAUUUACGGAAUUCGUACAACGACACCCACACGAAAAUAAAGUAGUUCAAAAAUUCAUGAAUCGAUGUGCUAAGGUCACGUGGCAGAUGGUCAUUCAACACCCACCCAUGUGGCUUUCUGUAGAUGACCACGAAUUUGAUGACGAAAAACACAAGUUGUGGUGGUCAUGUGAUCAAGCUGCAGCCAGUAAAAUCAACUUUUAUGUGUGGCCUGCGUUAUUUGACUAUAAACGUGGAAAUUUGCUUAUUAAAGGUUGCGUGUAUGCAAGCUGAUGGACAUUUCAGACGUAAUAAUUAUAGCUUACUAUACAUGUACAUACACUGCAUUCCACAUCGUUCAUCUAUGUAGCAACCACAAAUGACAUGAUAACCACUAAUUAUAUCUGUGUAGCAACCACAAAUGAUAUGAUAGCCACUAAUUAUGUCUGUGUAGCAACCACAAAUGAUACGAAAACCAUUAGUUAUAUGAAUUACCUAUCAGGACGUCUUAGUGAACAAAUUCUGCCCACCAAGGAUAUAAUUGUAUCAUUAACAAGCAGCACACCAUCCACAAAUGAUAUAUACCUUCAACCACAAAUGAUAUAUAACUUCAACCACAAAUGAUAUAUACAUGUCUCUCAGGGGAAUUACAAGUUGUUGCUAUCUUUCUUAUUUCUCCGGACGGUUUUGCUCGCGGAUGUUCUUGUGAAGUCCGCAAUUACUGUGACGGUUGCGAAGUAACCAUUUUAAAUUGUCAAGGCAUACCGUGUGUUUUCACCUGGUGUACGUUUCCACGUGAUGAAUGUCGACCUUCUUCAAUGAAAUACCUUCAAUUUAGGAUUGUAUGUGUAGGUGUACAUCUUAUAUUUCUAUCGAAGUACAUUUUCUCACUUUUAUCCACCAAUCAUCCUGAAAACUUUUACACACAUUGAUCAAUCAAAAUUAAUUCGCAGUUGAGUUCUAGCUGAAAUGGAAACGAAGGUUUGCGAGCAAGAUCAUUUUAUGAAAAUCGUAUACACGUAACACUGAAUAUGAAACAGCAUUCAUGUAAUUAUUAAUAAUUAAUAACUGAACAAAUGUGAGUAUGUACUUGACAAAGACGCAAGGGAGAAAACACCACCUUGUUUUGUUAUGAAAUGAAAUUACCAAUGAUAGAGGGGGAAAGUUCUGAUUGAUUUAUUUGAAAGUUUAAUUUCAUUCGAUGAAAAAAGUGGGCGUUGCUAGGUGGCUGGAUAAAUUCAGAAUGUAUUCAGUAGUCGGUGUGGUGCCUAUUAAUCAUGUGUUCACUAUUACAACACUGUUUAAUUAGUGGUUAUCAAUUAUACCAGUAAUUGCUACACAUCUGAUAUUUUGUGUUAUACACUGAACAGUGGAGUUCAAAAUCUGUCUGUCAUUGUUAUCAUGCAUCAUUGUCAGUAAAGCGCUUUCAACGUUC